AUGUCGAACUGGACGGCCUUGAUCACCCCUAUGGGCACGCCAGCGCCGACGCCGGCGGCGCCUGCUCCUACGCUCGUUCCGAUUCCUGAUAUGAAGGCCGCCACCGGCCCCCCCUACAUCCCCAACACGGCCGUCUCGGGCGGCGUGCCCAGCAUCCCAAUCGACGACCCCAUAUGCGGCGUGCUCCUCCUCCUCUUCCUGUCCAGCGCAGCCGCGCACAUGACGAUCCUGCAGCUGAACAAGCGGCGCGGGCUGCGGUUCGUCUUCUCGGGCAUGCUCUUCGCGCUAUGCAUGCUGCGCAGCAUCGCCUUAACCACCCGUCUGGCGUGGGCCUCGCGUCCCCACGACGUCGCCGUCGCCGUCUCGGCCGGGAUCCUCACGCAGGUCGGUUCCGUCCUCGUGUUCGUGAUCGAUUUAUUCUUCGCCCAGCGCGUGCUGCGCGCCUACCACCCGCGUUUGGGCUGGCACCCGGCCGCGCGCUGGGCCUUCCGCGCGCUGGUCUUCUGCGUCGUGGCUUGUUUGGUUAUGCUCGUUGCCGUGAGCGUACAGUCGCUAUUCACUCUCAACCCAGCAACGCGACACGCCGACCGCAUCGUGCAGCUCUUCGCCGGCGCGGGGCUGGCCGUGCUCGCAUUCAUACCGAUCCCCGUCGUGCUGCUGGCGUGGGUGCUCCCCCGACGCUACCGCAUCGACAAGUUCGGGUCGGGCAGGUGGCGCUCCAAGCUGGCACUCUUAUUGUUCUGCUCCGCCGUCGCCACGCUCGGCGCCGCCUUCCGCAUCGGCACCGAGUACCUCCCUGCCCGCCCGCGCACCGACCCGGCCUGGUACCACUCGCGCGCCUGCUACUACUGUUUUAAUUAUGUGACCGACCUCGUCGUGUCGGCCGCCUACCUGCUGUCGCGCUUCGACCGCCGCUUCAUCAUCCCAAACGGCGCCCGCGCCGUCCGCGACUACUCCCGGGACAAGGAGGCGGGUCUGCCGCGUGGCGGCGGCGCCAGCACGGCGCUUUCGAACUCGUCGACGUCGACGUCGGCCACCAAGGUGGCGAAGGACGCGAACGCGGCGAACGCAGACGAAAAAGACGUCGGCGACCGCAGCAGCGGCAGUCUCGAAGAGACCGACAAGGCCAAGCUCGCCAAGCUCAGGGGCGUCGACCAUCAGAACCACGACACCGGAGGCAAGUUCUACCUCCCCCACCACCACCCCAACUCCGACAAGAAGAGCCAGCGCGGGGCCAACCGGCUCUCGGACCGCUCCACCGUCGUCAACUCGGAGGAGGACGCGUUCGGGCCCGAGGACAAGGACGACCCGGUCCACGCCAUCACCACGGGGGGCACGGGCACGACGGCGCAUCCGGGGCGCACCAGCCACAACCCCAGCGAGAGCACGAGCACGACCGACGUGGACGCGUCGGACGCGUCGGGCCCCCCCGGGUCCGGGGGGUCCGAGGGCGCCGAGCUGCCCGGGAACAUCCUCACCAUGAUCGAGAACAUCUCGAGCGACGGCAGGCGCACCUCCGCUAGCCUCACCGCGCCCGAGCCGGCGUACUUAGCCCGUGAACGCGGCGGCAGUGGUGAUGGUGGCGGUGAUGGGAGGCCAUCAGUUUCGUCCGAUCACGCUAUCCCGCCCCUGCGCGCCUCGCUGACGGAUGCCAUUGACUGGCGGUAUGAUGGGCAUUCGAAUCACGACGGUGCUGAAGGCCACGGCGAGGCGGCUCGAUGGGUUUAA